AAAUUCGGCCCAAAAAUGGAGCAUCUCUCACAAUUUCACAGUUUGUCCGCAAAACCCAACACCGUCCCGGGUGCCGUCCUAUCUGCCACUCUGCCUUGAUUAAGGUAGUCUUGUUGCUGGCGUUGCUUAUCGUGUGGUUGAACAGGUUGAAUUGGCGUGAGAAUGACGCUAUACGAUGAGAUCGCUGAAGCAGACGCCGAUGAAGAGCACAGGGCUUGGAUAAGGAAACUCAUUGACGCUAGAACAGAGAUCGUGGAAUUUGUAGACACUCGCAUGAACGGCGAGGGAGCCGCUGCCUACAAGGGUUUCUUCAAGGGAGGUUUCAAUCUCAGUUUCCACAUCGACCUCGGAGAUGGGCGCACGAGUGUCCUAAUUCGCUUCGCGAUGCCCGGCGAAACAGUAACGCCGUGGAGGGACGAAAAGGUCGCCAACGAGCCCAGGCAACUGGGGCCCUUCAUCAUCAUGGACUUUGUCGAAGGCACUCGUCUAUUAAGAUUUCUCAGGCAGCCGUUCGAUGACGAGUCUGAGCCUGUCAUCCUGAACAAGGAUGUGGAUGAGGCAACGCUCGAUACCAUCUACGAACAGAUUGCCGAUUACAUGCUUCAAAUGUCUCGGCUUAGCUUCUCCCGUAUCGGAGCCAUCUCCAGAGACACACUUGAGCCAGGAACAUGGGCCGUGACCGGGAGGCCGCUGACACUCCAUAUGAACGUUCUUGGGACAGCUACUGGUUACCCUGUGGACCAGUUCCAUACUACGCCGCUGGACUCCGCCAGGACCUACUUUGAGCUGGUUGCGAGGCAACACCUCCUUCAUCUGGAAACUCAGCAGAACCUCGCCAAGGAUGCCGCCGAUGUUCAGAGGCGGUUUGUCGCGCGCCACCGGUUCCAGCAACUCAUCCCAAAGUACUGUGCUGCCAUCGACGACGCAGGGCCGUUCAGAAUCUUCUGCGAUGAUAUGCAGCCCGCCAACAUGCUCAUCGAUCCGAAUACCCUCCGCAUUACUCUUGUGCUCGACUUUGAAUCUACCAACAGUAUGCCUGCGCAGUUUGCCUACGAUCCGCCAUGGUGGUUGUUGCUCAGGAAUCCCGGCAUCUGGAUUGAUGAAGAAGGAAUCGACAGUUUCUUAGCUCGCUAUGUGCCCCGGUUGGAGCAAUUCCUCCAGGUCUUGGAGCGCGUGGAAGAGAAAUCCGCGGUGUCUCCGGCCAACGGCGAACGUCUCUCUGCCCGCAUGCGUGAGUCUUGGAAGAGCGGUCGUUUUUGGUUCAACUACGCAUCCAGACAAUGCCUGGAUAUCGACGCAAUCUACUGGGCGGCCUUGCAUGACCCCGCGGAUGGUGACGGCCUCUCGUUACUUGAGCCAGGAACAAGGGAGGAGUUGGCUCCGUUGGUGGAAAAGAAGAUGGAACAGCUAAGCGCCUACAACGCUGAAUACGCCGCUCGGUUUCCUGACGGAUCGUCAGAGUAG